GCGUAUUACCAUACAUUACCAAUGAAUAUUGAAUCAAAAUUAUUUUAUUUUGUGUUAUUUUUAAAAAUUGUAUACGUGUCUGAACUGAUCUUGUGAAAGUAAUUGACAACACACAUGUGCAAAAGCCGGUUAAUAUAAUAUAAUAAAACUGAAAUAAUGGAACAAGUAAUACUGGAUGAAGAAUUUCGUUGCUACAUGCGGGUAGCACGUUCUCUCGAAGGAACAUUGAAGCGCCCAAAAGAUCGCGAAUGCUGUAAACAACUGCUCAAAAAUUGUGAACGGCUUAAUAAUAUAGACAAUAUUAUGGUUAAAAAGAAUACUAACGUUUUUAUGAAAUAUUUGUUGAAAGUCAUUAAUUGGACAAGUGUGCAUCAACCGCUACAGUUAUAUGAUAAAUGGUAUCAAGGUUCGAAAACUGAAGUUAAAUUGUGGCUUCAGGAUAAUAAAUCAUACAUGGCGGUUAAAGAAAUGCCAAACGGUGCGCUCGCCAUAUAUUGUGCCGUUUCGAAUUCACCAAGCACUGGUUGGCAAGAUGGUGCACUGAAAGUUAUGAAAGAUUCUAAAGAUCCGGAUGCAGAAGAUAUGUGAAAAUCAAUUUGCACUAAACGUUGUCUGUUUUAUUAUUAUGUAUACAUUGUAGUGUAUGUGUAGAAAAUUUUGUACGUGAAAAAUAUAUUUUUACACUUUGAACUUA